AUGCUCAUUAUCAGGGUGGCACAGGGUGUCUUUGCGUUGGUGGGACUGGGCCUCUCAGCCUUCGUCACCAACUGGUACAUGACCACCACCACCGUGUCAUCUCCCUCGCAGAUCAACUUCCUCAUCUUCAGCUCCAUAUGUCUUCCCCGGCAUUACAUCUCAGCCGCCUUCGACGCCACCAACGUGCUGUUCUGGUUCGCCGGCGCGAUCGCUCUCGGCGUCUUCCUCGAGCGCCUCUUCUUCUGCCGCGGCGACGUGUGCCGCGCGGCGCAGGCCGACGUCGCCUUCGCCGUCUUCUCGUUCGUCCUCUGGUCCGCCUCCGCCCUGCUCACCGGCUGGGACGUGCUCCGGGCGCGGAGGCGCGGCGGCAGCAGCGGCGGCGGCGGCGGCGGCAAUGUAGGCGGCGGCGCC